GGGAUCGUCCAUGUUUUCUGUCGAGGAGUUAAGUUUUUUGUUCGUUUGUUUUAAGCAAGUUUAAAAUCAAUAAAAGUAAUAAAAAAUAAUUAAUGCAACGUUUUAGGUUCGAUGCUCAGCAGGAGGAUGUUCGCAACAACGACAUGGAUCAGGUGGAGCUUUGUUCGAGAAUCAGCACAGCUCUUAAAACAGCUCUGCAGCUACAGCGUGCUCUCCGCCCGGCUGACGCUCACAGGCUGAGCAUGGCGUGUCCUGUGCUGGAUGACUUGUUGAGGGGGGGGCUUCCACUUCAGGGUAUUACAGAGCUGUCGGGAGAAAGCGGGGUGGGAAAAACCCAGCUGGCUCUGCAGCUCUGCCUGUCUGUCCAGUACCCGCCAGAGCAUGGAGGCUUAAACUCUGGUGCCGUCUACAUCUGUACUGAGGACGCGUUUCCUGUCAGGCGUCUCCAGCAGCUGGUUGAGGAGCAGCACCACCUUCGACUCGAUGCCCCGCCGGCGUUGAUCAGCAGCCGGCACUUCACUGACCAUAUCUACAUCGAGCACGCUGCUGACCUGGGUGCAUUACAGACAUGCAUCGCACAGCGUGUGCGCCUCCUACUGGCAAGAGGCGUGGUUCGUCUGGUGGUGGUCGACUCUGCGGCAGCUCUUUUCAGGGCGGAGUUCCGGCCUGAUGAUUGGCUGGAGAGGACUCGUCAGCUGCAGGGCUUUGCUGCCACGCUGCACCACCUCAGCCACGAGUUCACAACACCCAUCCUGUGUAUCAACCAGGUUGUGGAUGUUUUCAGCAGCUCAGACGACAGUUUGGGCCCCAUCAGUUCGAAGGCGGUGCCGGCUCUGGGUCUGGCCUGGGCUAAUCAGGUGAUGGUGCGGCUGAUGAUGCAGCGUCUGCCAGCAACAGUUGUUCAGGCUGACCAGAGUAGCGCCCUCCGCAGGCUGGAUGUGAUCUUUGCUCCUCACCUUGCCCGAUCAAGUCAGGACGCUGCCGUGUGGCGUGAAGGCGUCCGCGGCUUCAUACACCAAAAGUGUGUGAGAUAACAUGCCAAGACUGACUGACUUUCACAAUAAAAUCAUUCUGUAGCCAGAGCAUAGGGAGGAUUUGUGGCCUGAGUUACUGAAGACUUUUGUUGAUAUAAUUUCUCUUGUCACCUUUUGAAGAUGGUUCCUCCUCCAGCAGGUCCUCCUACAACUUCAGCCUGUACUGGAUCCACAUUUGGUUGAUGUAUUUUUAACUGCUUAAAGAUUAUGUCUCCAUCAUGGGGAUGGACCAAAGCCUGUAACUGUUUUGGUGGCUCCGUGCACAGUCCCUGUGUUUGAUACAUAUUUUCCCUCCAGCACCAAACUCGUGUGUCCUUAGGAAUGAUGGAGAUGAAGUUGACUCCAUCCUGUCUGUUCCAAAAAAUAAACACUGCAAAUGUUUGGGGUUUUUUAA